CGUUCCCACCCACGCUGACGCGGCUGCGCGUGUUUACGUGAGGCGAAUGCUCCCGUUUCCUGGCGGAGAAGAUGGCGGCUCCUGGACCAGGGGAGUAUUUCAACGUCGGGAGCCGUGUUUCCUGCCUCACCUGCCUGGGGCAGCGUUUGCAGGGAGAGGUGGUCGCUUUCGACUACCCGUCCAAGAUGCUGACUUUGAAAUGUGCCCCGUCCAGCGGUAAACCCAACCUCAAUGAUGUGGUUCUGGUUAACAUGUCCUACGUGUCAAAGGUGGAUACCAUUAAUGACUGUGCCGAAACCCCUCCCCCUUUAGCAUCUCUCAAUUAUAGCAAGCUUGCGAAUAGAGCACGGGCGGAAAAAGAAGAUAAAUUGUCGCAAGCUUAUGCAGUUAGUGCUGGAGUUUCUGUAGAGGGCCAACAGUUGUUUCAGACCAUUCAUAAAACCAUUAAAGAGUGCAAAUGGCAGGACAAAAACAUAUUAGUAAUGGAUGAUGUGAUCAUAAAUCCGCCAUACCAAGUGGACAACUGUAAAGGCAAAGAGGGCAGUGCUUUAAGUCACGUGCGGAAAAUAGUCGAAAAACAUUUUCGAGAUGUAGAGAGCCAAAAAUCAAUGCAUCAUUCACAGCAAGCUCAACAAACACAAAAGGACUCUGCUGUAUCGUCAUGAGUUCAGGCUCGGAUAGAGGGAACAUUAUGAUGACAACAGACGUUUUUUUGUUUUAAAUUAAGUUUUUUUUUUAACCAAUCACCAGAUGAAGGUUGAGAUGUCUGGUACUCCUCGUUUUGAACAGAAGUAACUGUCCUACACAUCUGAUAAGAAAAACUGCUACCGUUAAUAAGAAUGGGCCAAAAUAAAGCAUUGUUUUAGAUUAUUAUUAGUUGAUGUAGAAAACGGUUUCCUUUUUGAUCACACCUUCCCCUAAUCUCCAUGCUGGAUGUUUAGUUUGCUUAAUAAUAUCGUUUUCUUCUCUCCCCUUCAACUGACCUACUUCAUUGUAAGACCAGUUGAUUCUUCAUGCCAACUCCUCGUCGAGCAUUCUCUUCUAAUUCUACCAUUUCGAACCGAAAAAUAUGGCACAAAAUGUGUGCGGGUGUUUUUUUAAGUUAUUAAGCCCGUUGGACUGGAUAGAUUUUGUUUGGUUUUUAUGGCACGUGCGUGGUUUAUUUUCUUAGCUGUUGGCUAAGGCAAUGCAAGUAUGGUUGCUUAUGUGAACCAGUAUGGGAUAUUAAAUUGCACUUAACAUCCACCCAACAUUUAAUUUUUAUCAUCUAUACUCCAGCAUUUUUGGGGUUAUAGGGGUACUAUAAACAUCCUUUUAUUAUACAUCCAGCCUGAAGGUGGGGAAAAAUAUAGAGGGCCAAGAUGGUGGCAGUAUAUCAUGAUGUUAUUUUCUUCCAUACUGGUCCUGUACUUACCAUUUUAAAUACCUCUUCCAUAGUGGGACCAUUUUUUUGAAGAUGCAAUGUUUGUAGCAUUAUAAUUAUUUUUUUCUAAAUGGAUCCGAGUUGGAAGGGUAAAUGCAGUGACAGACAAGAGACACUCAUUUCUCUGAAUGCAUUCCUUCAUAUUCCUACGACGGUUGUUAUUCUUUACAGUAGAUGUGUGACGUGUAAGACGGCUCAUAUCUCGCUCAUCUCUCGUGACAUGACUGAUCUCUUUUUUCAAUGAGAAUAUUUGCAAUGGCCUUUUUGGAUAAAGGAAGUGUUAAAGAGAUAUCUUGCCAUGUUAAGAGACUUGGACGGUGGGGAUGGCGAUGGCACCUUCAAGCCGAAAUCCUUCCCCUUUUGGCGUAGUGAACCUUGUAGCCCAAUGGAGACUCUCGCCGUGGCACCAAGCUGUGAUGGGCAUCCGCGUUGCGUACCAGUUCACAUUGCUGUGUGUUAACGAGGUUGCUGUUCGCCUAUAGGUUUCUUUUGCAGUAUUUUAUUUUUUAUUUUAAAAAGUAAUGAAGAAAUAAAAAGUGGAAAAGUU